AUGAGUCGACAGUGCUACACCUCCAGCUCCAUCCUGGGGAGACGGGGCUUCUCCUCGGCAUCGGCCGUCUGCGGGCUGGGCAGGGGCAACAGCAGCUCGGCCUCCGUCUGCCCGCCGGUGGGACGGAGAUGCGGCAUGGGGGGCUUCAGCAGCCGGAGCGUCUGCGACCUGGGGCGAGGGCAGAGGAUUUCCUUCGGCGGGAGCUGCCGCGGCGGGGUCUACGGUGGCGCCGGCGGCGUGGGACGCUGCGGCGUGGCCUACGGCGGCGGCCGCUUUGGCAUGGGCACGGUGGUGGGGUUCGGUAACUGCGGAAGCUACGGGGGCCUGGGCAGCUACAGAGGUCUUGGGGACGGCAUGGCCAUGGGAGGCUACGGCGGCGGCAUGGGCAUCGGCCUGGGAGGAGGGAGAUCCGAAGGGAUUCGGGGCGUCAGCAUCCACCCGGAGCUCCUCAAGCCCCUCUGCGUGGGGGUGGACCCCGAGGAGUGCCAAGUGAGGACCCACGAGAAGGAGCAGAUCAAGAACCUCAACAACCAGUUCGCCUGCUUCAUCGACAAGGUCCGGCUGCUGGAGCAGCAGAAUAAGGUGUUGACCACCAAGUGGGAGCUGCUGCAGCAGUAUGUCCUGCCAGCUUCCCGGAGAAACCUGGAGCCCGUGUUCGAGAACUUCAUCUGCAACCUGAGGAAGCAGCUGGAGUGUGUGCUGGGGGAGCGGGAGAGGCUGGAAAACGAGGAGCGGUGCCUCCGGGACCUGGUUCAAGAGUACAAGUGCAAGUAUGAAGAUGAGAUCAACAAGCGCACGGCUGCGGAGAACGAGUUUGUGGUCCUCAAGAAGGAUGUGGACUGUCUCUACCUGACAAAGGAGGAGCUGGAGGUGAGAGUGGGUCUCCUGCGGCAGCAGCUGGAGUUCCUCAAGUGCAUCUACGCCGAGGAGAGAGCUCAGCUGGAUUGUCAGCUGUGUGACACCUCCGUCAUCGUGCAAAUGGACAACAGCCGGGACCUGGACAUGGAGGGCAUCAUCAAAAGCGUUGAGUGCUGCUACGAGGAGAUUGCCCAGAAGAGCAAGGCUGAAGUGGAGGCUUUCUACCAAACCAGACUGGAGGAGCUCCACAGCAGCAGGGGCAAGUUCUGCGAUGACCUGAGGAACAACCAGAGCGAGAUAGCCGAGCUCAACCGGAUGAUCCAGAAGCUGCAGUGCGAGUCAGACAACGUGAAGAAACAGAUCGCAGCCCUGCAGACGGCCAUCUGCGACGCUGAGCAGCGGGGUGACUGUGCCCUCAAAGAUGCCCGGCAGAAGCUGAUUGACCUGCAGACUGCUCUGCAGCAGGCCAAGGACAAGAUGGCAUGUCUGCUGAGGGACUACCAGGAGCUGCUGAACGUCAAGCUGGCCCUGGACAUUGAGAUUGCCACUUACAGGACACUGCUGGAAGGAGAGGAGAGCAGGUAG